AUGUCUAUGAUGGAGUUCUUCACAUUCGUCCUUCUCUUUCUGCUGUCAUUCUCCCAUGAUGUCUUCUCAUAUCGCAUCACUGGUCCGACCAGUGGAGUCAAUGCUCAGACGGGCGAGCGUCCCGCUCGUCGGGACCUCAGGACUCUUCAGACGUCAGGAGCACAGUGGGAUCUCUACAUCCAAGCAUUGCAGAUGUUCCAAGCAGCAAACCAAGCGGAUCUGCUGAGCUGGUACUCGGUCUCAGGCAUCCAUGGACGACCAUAUCGGUCGUGGGAUGGUGUUAAUGGCAAUUACCAGAGAGGAUACUGCACCCACGGCUCCACCCUCUUUCCCACCUGGCAUCGUCCCUACCUGUCUCUUUAUGAGCAGAUCAUCUGGAACAAUACCCAGACCAUCGCCCAACAAUAUCCAACCACCAACCGAGCCACAUACCAAGCUGCAGCUGACAGCUUCCGUGUUCCCUACUGGGAUUGGGCCGCUAGUGCUGCCAUGCCAAGCUCAUUGACCUCAUCCACUCUCACCAUCAACACCCCUACCGGCUCAAGGAGUGUCACUAAUCCUCUGUUCCGCUAUGACUUCCAUCCCCCCAUAGGUGCCCCGGACUUCCCCUCCGGUGAAGGCUUCCAGAAUGCCCCCUACACCACCCGCAGCAGCCGAGCGGCAAGCAACCUGAACGCCAACGCCGCCAGCAUCCACGACCGAACCUAUCUCCUCCUAUCUCGUCAAACCAGCUACCCACCCUUCUCCAACAACGCCUACGUCGACAGCCGUGGGAACCAAUACGACUCGGUAGAAAGCAUCCACGACACCAUCCACGGCCUGAUAGGAGGCUGGAUGGGUCUAGUCCCCUACAGCGCCUUCGACCCGGUCUUCUUCCUCCACCACACCAAUGUCGACCGAAUGUUCGCUAUCUUCCAAGCCAUCAAUCCCGGCUCCUACGUCGGCUCGCAGACCAACCGAGCUGGCACCUUCACCACCGCCCCAGGGACAACCGAAAAUGUCAACACGCCCCUAACCCCCUUCCACUCCGACGCCGGCACCGCGUUGUAUACCUCGGCCAACGUCCGCUCCACGCGCUCGUUCGGUUACACCUACCCUGAAGUCCGCGAUUGGGGGCUGACCGCCGCCGAAGUGAGCGCCAACACCCGCGCCGCAGUCAAACAGCUCUACGACCCAAACAAUCAAUUCACCCCUCGCGGCGUCUCGGUGGAUAAACGCCAGGGAAACAGCGACCCGGGAAAAUCCAUUACCAUCCCGCCAUCUCUCAAAAACGGCACCGCCCGCGCCUACCGUGAAUGGUACACCAACAUCCGCGUCAACAAAUUUGCCCUGCAAGAAUCCUUCUACAUCCACAUCUUCAUCGGCGACGUGCCUGCUGAUCCGGCCGCCUGGCUCGAAUCCACCGCGAGCUUCGUCGGCACGUUCGUCGUCUUCAUGGACAACGCCAUGGACAACGGGCAGGAGUUGAACAUCGUCGGCCAGAUCCCGCUGACCCGCAAACUGGUCGAGCUGUACAACGCCGGCACGAUCGCCGAUCUCGAACCGCGCACGCUCCGGCCGUAUCUGAGGAAGAACCUGCAGUGGAGAGCCCAGCGGUACGAUCUGAGCGAGAUCAGGGUGCAGGAGCUGCGGAGUCUGCGGGUGUCCGUCCUCAACAGCAGGGUCGAGCCGCCGAGGAAUAAGGAUACGGAUUUCCCCACCUACGGCGAGUUGGUUCCGGAGCCGGAGAUAACGGAUGGGAAGACGGGUGGCGUGCCGGCGAAUGCGGAUGCAUAG